GGCUGGCCCGCCAAGACUUCGCAUUUCACUUUUGGCUCUUCUAUCCCCCGUUUCUUCUUCCGCUUCCUUCUUCUUUCCUCCUUCGAUGUUGAUGCUGUGAUACUUCUUCGUCGCCGUCGUCGUAUCUGUUCUCCCCCCCCAAACUACCGCUUCACUCAUUCAGCGGGCAUUCGUUACUUGAUAUACUCAAUUAUCCCACCCCUACCAGACCCGAUCGACCAAUUUUCCCUUCUACCAUAAUUGCACGGGAAACACUUGUUCAAUAUGAAGGCUGGACUUCUUGCUGUCGCCGCGGCGAUGGCUGCCGGUGUCAGUGCAAAGGGCCAUAAGCACGGCCGUCACAACCAUGAAGCCCUCCACGCAGAGAGAGGAAUGGCGAACGGGACCUGCGUCGCCGGUUGCACUACCAUCUAUACCACCAUUUAUGGCGAGGCAACUCUCUACAACCCACCGCCACCUGCCACUACAUCAAAACCCGUACCGGCACCCACUUACCCAGCAACUGUGCCAACUCCAUACGUGACCACCUGCCCGACUCCAGGCGUGUAUACCAUCCCUGCUACGACAAUAACCAUUACUGAGGAGGUUACCGUCUGCGGAGCAUCUUCAACAAAGGCUACCCCAGGGACCAACACUGCGGGAGGCGUCACCACAGUGGUAGAGCACUCCACAACAGUUGUCUGCCCAUACGCCACGACUGUCGUCAGUGGAGGUGUCACCACCAGCACCAUCUCAACCACCUCAUACGUCUGCCCCAGCGCUGGUACUUACACUAUUGCUCCCGUGACCACUGUUGCCGAGUGUGAAACUGUCUGGGUCUACCCAACCGUCACCUCGUAUGCUCCAGGCACCUACACUCACACCGAGGUCGUCGAAACCGUCACCGAGACCGACUACGUGAUCUUCUGCCCAUACACCUCUUCGGCACCGGCAUUGCCAGCUCCCACCUACCCAGCAUCUAAGCCACCCCCACCCCCAUCGCCACCUACUUCCAAGCCUGGAGAACUUGGAAACUCUGGCAAGAAAUGGGCCAUCACUUAUUCUCCAUUCACUGACAGUGGCGAGUGCAAGGCUGCCGCUGACGUCGAGAUUGACAUCGAGGCCAUUUCCAAGGGAGGAUACACCUCCGUCCGUAUCUACGCUUCUGUCUGCUCGGGUCUUGUGAAUGUCGGCGCCGCCUGCGAGAAGUAUGGCCUGAAGAUGAUCAUCGGUGUCUUCAUCGACCACACCGGCCUCGGAGGAGGUGCAGCAGAAGAUGUUACGGAAAUCAUUGCCUGGGGCAAAUGGAGCUUGGUCGAGCUCAUCGUCAUCGGUAACGAGGCCAUCUUCAACAAUUACUGCACCGCCAGCGAGCUGGCCUCCUUCAUCAGCACCACCAAGGCCGCUUUUGCAUCACACGGCUACACCGGCCCAUGCACGACCACCGAACCCCUUGACAUCUUGCAGGCGAGCUACGGAGUCCUCUGCGAAGUCGUCGACAUCACGGGUUGCAACAUCCACCCAUACUUCAACCCCUCUGUCGAAGCAAGCUCCGCCGGAGCAUUCGUCGCAAACCAACUCAGCAUCGUGGAAGGUCUCUGCCCAGGCAAGGCCGCCAUCAACUUGGAAACUGGAUGGCCAUCCAAAGGUCAACGCACCAGCCCCGCGGACCAGAUCACGGCUCUCAAGAGUAUCGCGGACACGGUUGGCGGCAAGUCAGUCGUUCUCUCCUUCUUCAAUGACCUGUGGAAACCGGCUGGUGACUGUGGAUGCGAGUGCUCUUUCGGUAUCGAGAAUAUUGUCACGUACUUUUAAUCGAACAUCUCCUUUGUCAAUGGAGAGAAAUAUGGCAUGGAUGGAAGGAAAACAUGGAGAAAAAAUAGGCCAUGGACGAUAUGAAAUAGGUCUUGUUGUAAUUUGAUGGGAAUAUGUGGUAAUGAGGAGCGUGGUUUUGCAUGUAGGUGUGAUGUAGCAUGGCUAAGCAGAUCUGAAGAGAGGUUGGCCCGAACUUGACUUGUACCUUACCGC